AUGGAAGAGGUCCCUCUGCUCGGAGGGAUGUCCGGUCCCGAGGAGGAGAUCGUGACCGACCUUUUCAGUGCAGAGAGUCCGUUCGUUUCGGAGAACCUUACCCUGAAAACCCCGGUGGUGGUGAAGCACGAGGAGGACGAGUUCCACGUGUUUAAAGACGCGUAUCUGAGCUCCGCGGACCCCAAGGAGCCCCUCCUGCACGCGUUGAACCCCCCGCUUCACGUGGACUGUGACAGCCAAGUGAAAGUGGACCUCGCGGUGGGCGGCAACGACGACGAGGAGAUGCUCGCGGAGUACCCGAGUCUCCCCGAGCUCAGCCCCCUGGAGGACGCCGCGCUGCCGGUGGUGGCCCCGCAGCCGCAGGCCUACAACGUGCACUUCCUGUCCUCCCUGCUGGCCCCGCACCGGAGUCCUGCUGUCGUGCCCCUGGGCGCCUGGGCCAGGGAAGGAGGUGCCCACCCGGGGGUCCGGGUGAUUCCAGUGGAAAUAAAGGAAGCAGGUGGUACAAUUAUAAGUAACAAUCCCGAGGAAGCAACUUUUCAGAACCCUCUUGGUCCAGAAUCCUGUUGCAAGUUCCCCUCGUCGCAAGAAGCCGAGGACGCCUCUGGCUGCUCUCACAAGAAAGACUCUAACCCAAUGGUGAUAUGUCAGUUGAAAGGGGGUGCACAAGUGCUGUGUAUAGGCAAUUCUGGCACAAGAGAACUAAAAGCUCUUCAUUUGGUUCCUCAGUAUCAAGACCAAAAUAAUUAUCUACAGUCAGAUGUCCCUAAACCAAUGACUACUUUAGUAGGAAGAUUUUUGCCAGUACCAGCAAAAUUAAAUCUCAUUACACAACAACUUGAAAACGGAGGCUUACCAUCCCUAGUCAACGGGUCUGCUUUCCCUUCGGGAUCUGCUCUCCCAGGACCACCAAAGCUCACCUUGGCUGGGUACUGCGACUGCUUUGCCAGUGGGGACUUCUGCAACAACUGCAACUGUAACAAUUGUUGCAACAACCUACGUCACGAAAUCCAGCGGUUCAAGGCCAUUAAGGCAUGUCUUGAUAGGAAUCCAGAAGCUUUCCAACCAAAAAUCGGGAAAGGGAGGUUGGGAGACGUGAAGCCUCGGCACAACAAGGGCUGUAACUGCCGGCGCUCCGGCUGCCUCAAGAACUACUGUGAGUGCUACGAGGCCAAAAUUAUGUGUUCUUCUAUUUGCAAAUGCAUUGGUUGCAAAAAUUAUGAAGAAAGCCCAGAACGGAAAACCCUAAUGAACACGCCCAACUCUAUGGAAAUUGGAGGGUCUGAAGGCAGCCACCAGUUGUCACCAACUAAAUUCUCAGGACCACCAAAAUUCAGACAAGAUAGGCGCCCGCCCUCGUGCAUCUCCUGGGAGGUGGUGGAGGCCGCGUGCGCCUGCCUGCUGGCCCAGGGCGAAGAGGCGGAGAAGGCGCGCUGCCCCGACGGCCUGGCGGAGCAGAUGAUCCUGGAGGAGUUCGGGAGGUGCCUGUCGCAGAUUCUCCGCAUCGAGUUCAAGUCCAAAGGCCUAAAGCUUGAGUAG